AUGAGGGCCAAGAGUGAACGCGUAUACAAGCCUGGUGCCAAGGAGGAGUGGCGAGUGGUAUACUGGAUCUACCCGCAAGAGAAACUGAAGAACAACCGCAAACAGGUUUCUUUCUCAUCGAUCAAAUAUGGGGACCAGGGAGCUCAGAACAAAGCGUGGGCAGUGAUCCGGUACAUCAACCACUACGGGCGCGUGCCGGAGGACAUCAAGAAUCCGCCAAUGACUCUCGAGGCGUGCUGCAACUUGUGUUAUCCGCACUGUAUCAAAGAGCACGUGGCUUCGUGCCCAAACUGCGUCGACCCGCCUACAGAGCGUUACCACCACGGCUCGCCCGCGGUUUCUUGCGCGAGUUCGUCCGCGGGCCCCUCGCCGGGCUCCUCGAGCGCGGUUUGGCGCCAAAAGUCGAGUGGAGAGGAAAGGCCCCGGAACGGCGAGGCCGGCCCUAGUGACGGUUCGGGUCUCUCCUCGCCGGCGUCUGCGCAUCCGCGGUCGCAGUUCCCGUCAGGUGUCCACACAGAGAGUGGAGGCGAGAAAGACGACGACGCCCUCUCGUCGCUGCCGGACCUAACGCCUCUCGACUCCCUCUCGCCGGUGCUGUCGGCGUCGCCCUGCGACUUCCGCGGAAUGCAGAGACCCAAGGAGUCCGGGGAGAAGUCGCCUCCACUCUGCGGCCGGAGCCGGCGGAACUCGAUCGCCAGCUUCGCGGGCUCCACUGCCUCGCCCUCCGUCGCCGCGAAGCCCGGACGGCCUUGCGAGUCGCCGCCGAAGGCUGGCAGCAAGCUCCGGAGCGGGACCAGCAGUCGACGCAGCAGCGUCUCGCUCCGAGCCACGCAGUCCGGCAGUCAGGUGCGGGGGCCCGCGAAGGCCCGGCGGCUCGACACUGGCGACCGCGCGCGCCCGUGUGGAACGGAUGACGGCGACUUUGACGACUUUUCUUCCUCUCCAGACCUCAGCAACGUCAGCGUGUCCAGCAGCGCGUGCUCGCCCCUCGUGGGUGUCUCUGCGGGCCGAGGGGCCUUCCAGGGCAACCCUCCCUUCUCGCCGCUUCUUCUCCCCGGCUCGGCUGCGGGUCGGGCGAAGACCGAAGGCGGCGCGAGUCUCAGCGGGGCGGCGCGGUCGGGGCGUGAGACGCCCGACCAGCCCGCGCCCACCGCCACUCACUCCUCCGGCGACGAGGCUGCAGCGAGUUCAGUCGACGAAGGCGCGACUGGAGGCCGCGAGUUUCCCAAGGCGCGCCCAACCCGAGGUCGACGGCCUUCCGUGGGGUCUUCUGGAGGCGAGCCGCAGGGGCCCAAUCGCGAAGAGGAGGGUGGGGCCUGGGGUCACGACUCGUCGGGCUCGAUGUCUCUUCUGCCGCCCCCCGCCUUCUCGCCUUUUGGGCCUCAACAACAGAGAGACGAGCCUUUCGCGUCAACUUCGCAAAACAGGGGCGACCGCGCAUGCCCGCCCCCUCUGGCUGCGCGAGGCGGGCCGUCGGGACGGUCGCUCCUCGCCGACGCAGUCCAGCAGCUCUUGAGAGGCGCGAGUCUGCGCACGCACUUGGUGUCGGGCGACGGCAACGACGAAGCCUCAAAGAAAGAUCCCUUCGCGGGGCGCGCCUCCGGGUUCGUUCGCCCCACCGCUGAGUCCGGAGGCAGGCCGGAAGAGCGGCCGAACGCGCUCGCGUCGAGUGCGGAGGCCCUUUUGACGUCUCUGAGAAACGGGAUGAAUCUCGACCAAGACCACGGGACCCGGGGGCCGGGGACUGUCUCCCUGGCGUCUACCACCGCGCUGCUGGCUGCAGUCGCCAUGAGAGUCAAAGAGCGGGAAAACGCAAAGGCCAAAGCUGCCGAGGAAGACUCUAACGGGGUGUCUGGGCUGAGCGACGGAUCGAACAGAAAGUCGACGGAGGCGGUCUCUCUCCCGCGCGCAAACGAGGGGGUUCCCCAGAAACCUGUGCCUUCUCCGGCAGGCGCGAGUCCGCCGGCGGGGCGUGCGGCGUGGCGCGCAGUCUCCGGAGGGCCUCCGCCUGGGGCGCAGGUGGCCGGCGAGAAGAAAGUGAAGGACGACGAGGCCGACCAGGACGAGCAGAUCCAGCGCCUCCACCGCUUUUUGAACGCGAACGGAAUCGUCGUGACGGAGGCGUUGCAGGCCGCGGCUUCCCGCGGGCCCCGAGGAAAACUGCGGGCAGUAGACGAAACCGACAAGGCGCUCGCUACCGUCAGGGGUCGGCCCGUCCCGGGGGCGAGCGGGAACGCGUUUCGGGGCGCGCAGCGGCGAGGCGCGAACGCAGGGCGCGAGGCGUGGAGGCCCGGCGCUCAGCUGGGCGCGGGGGCCCUGAACUUGUGCUCGCCGCAGCGGCGCGAAGGCGCUCCGGCCGUUGACAGCUGCUCGGGCGAGGGCGAGGAGAAGCCCAGUGGAGAAGAGCGGAAAGACGAGGGCGUGGUGAACGUCUAUCAGGUGUAUGCGCAGCACAUUCUCCACGAUAUGGUUCAGAGUCAAGUGGUCGGGGCGCGCGAGGGCCCCGACCCGCUGAAGGAGUUGCUGCAUGCGUCCAACUUCUUCGCCAUCGACGCGAGGAAGCGUUUCCUCCAGAGGGCAGGGUGCAAGACGAGACGCGACGACGAAGCCGACCGGCUUGGCUCCGCGACGCAUGCAGGCAGGACUGGCGAGAGCCCGCCGUUGAGCCCGGAGCGGCGCGCAGAGUCGCGGGCGCCGACUCCACCUGCAGACGUUGCGGGAGGCCAGCCGGCCUUUCCGAGCUCCUCUCGGAGCAGAGGCUAUCUCCCGUCCGCGGGUGCGGGGGUGACGACGCGCAUGACGACGCGCGCGGCGACACGGGCCAGUCGCGGCGGGUGCGGGGCGACGCACGCCAGUGGCGCGGGCGAGGAAGAGAAGGAGACCCCGUGGAUGUGCAACGGCGUGCCGGUGAGCUGUAGAGAUCCGUUCCUGAGCGAGGACAAAGACACACAGCAGUACUACAACUGCGGGCAACCGUGCGGCGGGAGCGACUGGGGCGACCGGCGGCUCGUGGGUCUGGGCGCGGGGCUGCCGACCCGUCGGCAGGGCCUGCGCAGUGGGGCGGCGGAAGAGCGGGGGCCCGGCGUGGGCCGAGGCGGGCGAGACGAGGAAGAGGAGCCGGGGAAGCACGAGGAGACGGAGGAGGAGGCUGACGGGAACGACCCGACGACGUUCAACUGGCAGGCGAACUCGGCGCUCCGCCAACAGAGAGCGGCGCUGAAGCUCUUGAAGGAGAUCACGCAGUGGGGGUGGAAGUCCAUCUACGAGCACGAGGACUUCUUCCUCGAACAGCUCGUCAAGAAGCAACUGAAGACAGCCGCGCGCGUCCUCGAGAACGAGAUCGUGAAAUAUUCCUUCCCGCAGCUGUUGCCGGUCUUGGGUGACGCAGACCGAGAUGUGCGCCUUUCAAAGGGGCGAAGCCGCCGGAGGGACGGGCUCCUGGCAAGUUGGGGCCGGGAAAAUCGGGCCUGGCUGCGCGCCGCGGGGAACGAAGAAGCGCCGAGCGGCGUGGCCAACGCCGAGGAAGAAGACGAGGGAGAAGGGGAAAACGCGCCGCAGCGAGAGGUUCGCAUCGAACCCCAGGACUUCUUUUCGGGCUGCGACUCGCCAGUCCGGUGGGGCGCGGGAGAAGAGGGCCUGCCGCCGGGGGGCGGCGAAGACCGGGACGGUUUCCGCUCUCCGUCCGAGGACCGGUGGCGAGGCGAGCUUAUUGUGGAGCAGGAACACCACAUGAUCCACGGGCCGAUGCGAAGAGACAAGCAACUGGGCCGCGCGCAGCCAGGCCCCUUUUCUGUUUCCGCGAAGACGUCGUCGCUCUCUACAGAUUCCGAGUCGGGACAAGCCCAGUUGUCUGCCCGUUCGAGCUCAGGCGUACAGACGCCCCCUGAGGCAGCCGUUUCCGGCGAGGAGCCGGCUGUGGGAUCUCUCUGUGAAGCGACGGCGAAGCAGUACCUAGAGAACCCUGAGGAGUAUGUGCGCCUUGUGGCCCGCCAGGGUGGCGCGAAGCGUGAGUCGUUCGUGACUGUGGCGGAGGCCCUGGCGUCGACAAAGCGGGCGAACGUCUCGGGGCGCCAAGGCUCAGAUUCCGCGGGAGAAUGCCCAACAGAGCGAAAAGAGAAGACCCCCCUCAGUCUCGAGUGCCUAGCGCGCCUCCUUGCAACUGCCGCUGCUAAUCGGCAGAAGGCUUCAGCCAACACGGAGAACAUGCGUCGCUGGCGACCGCGGUCGGAGGCGACGCGCGAUACCCCUGGAGCCCAAGGCCCCGGAGGCGCGCAGCCGGCGAGUGGGGCGGGGCCCCGGCCCCCCGCGAGCCGCGGGGGGCGACCUGGCCCGUACGGCGUGUCAGCUGCGCCUACCGUCCAGUUGGGGGCGUCUCCUUCGGAGCCUGCGUUGCCGGCUCGCCUCUGGAACGCGCUGCGGGGACACAGCAACGCGGCCGAGGACGCGCAGCCCUCGGCAUCUCUGUCUCCUCCCGAGGGCGACUCGCACAGCGCGGAGGCAGAUCACCGCACGACUCCAGCAGGCAAGGGCUCCCCGCUCCCGAUGAAGGCGUGGCUCGAGCGAUUGCUGGCGGCGGCUCGUCAGACAACCGGCACUGCGGCCGAGGGGCAGAGUCCCCCGCUGUCCCCUCCGUGUGCCUCGCCCCUCGAUCUCAAGGCCGCCACGCGGUCUUCGUGUGCGUCGGCACUGAUUGACCAAGUGACGCGGCUGCUGGCGAAGCGACAAGAAGAGAGGAGACAGGCGCAGAUGCGCGAAGUCGAGAGGAAACUCUUGCAGAUGCAAGAAGAGCAACGCGACAAAACGGUGAACUCCCAGCUCGCACUGGACGCCAUCGACAGGCGGACCCGCGGGCUCGCGGGGCUGGGCCCUUUGGAGAAAGGCGGCGCUGCCGGCCUGUCUCUUCGGUCGGCCCAGACACCGCAAAGGAAGAAGGCUCCGGAGGCUCAGACGGCAGGCUGUGAGGGCCAGGCGGCCCAGCGAUCCGGCGCGCCUGUCGGUCAGGUCGGGCUGUCGCAGCUGCGCAGAGGCGAACUCAAGGGAGAUUCGUCGCGGGGCCUCGGGGGCGCUGGAGCCCGGACCGCGUUCGCUGGCGAGACCCCACAGGCGACGGGCGUGACGGAGACAGUCAGGCAGGGAGGAGACAGACCGGCCGGAGACGCGGAGCGAAGGGGUGGGGAUCACGUCUCGAAGGGCGACGCGGACCCGAAUGUGUGGCCUUCGAAGCCCGAGACGAAGCCACCGAGGCCGGGGGAGCGGCGACUGGGCACGGAAGGGGCGAACGGAGAGGGCCUGUGUGGUGUCUCGAAGAAAGUGUCUCCGAUGCUUCUCGCCACUCCAGGGUUGAGGGGGAACCCGGGCAGUAUGCCGGCGUUCAACGCAAGACCCGAUAGCGGACUAGGCGAGGAGACGUACUCAAGUUCAGCUGCCUUCGCGGCGCGAGGCGCACUGUCUUCUUUCGCAUCGGCGUUCAGAUCAAGCGCCUCGCCUCUUGUGACGAGCUCCUCGAUGGAAGAGCGGGGCGCGUGUUCAAAAACGGGGACAACCGCAGGUUUCUCGGCAGAGAGCGGCGCCGGUUUGACCAGCGAGGGAGUCAGCACGGCGCACACAAGCGCUGCGGCGUCGCCCUCGUUUCCUGCAGUGGCGGCUUCUGCCUCGGGAGGCACGACCCACGCCCAGGGCCCCAUCCGGGGGGUUGGGCCGUUGGUGUCGGAGACCGCAGCGGCAGGCCAGGCGGCGGAGCUCCCACGGACAGAGACAGCGCGGAAGAGAGAGCGAGAGACUUGUCGGGAGAUUUCAGGCAGCGCGCCUGCGAAGCACGCGCGGUUGGACGAACGGGAAGCGAAGAGCGAGAGGUACCUCCCCGAAGACGCAAAGAACCUCAACCCCUUCCACACAGUCUUGGAAGGCUCUGGAGAGAUCAACAGCAGCAGUUCGGGCUGCUUCUCGCUGAGCGACUCCAGUGGGGCGUGGACCGGCGAGGAAGUGUCGACGAGUGAGGGGAGUCUCGCCGUGUCCUUCUCGGCGUCUUCCGUGUCGCUCUUGGGCCACCGCGAAGAGUCGUCUGAGUAUCGAUCCGCGGCAGACGUCUUUGAAGAGAAGUCCGGCCACGAGGCCAAGGGAGACGAGAGCCUCGCCCGCGAAGACUUUGCGGCAGAGCCGUUCCUACCCCGGGCAGAAGCUGUGGGGUCCAACGCGCGCGCCGACUAG